CUCACUUUUUAAUUUCCAUCCCAUACUAUUUUUCAUUUUAUUUUUAAUUUUGGCAUUUAAAGGGGAGAAGGAAAAAUAAAAAGAAACAUAGGUCGGUGCUCUCUUUCUCUUAUUCCUACCCAGAGACCGCAAAAAAAAAAAAAAAAAAAAAAACCUAUUUAUUCCUUUUCUCACUGUUCUUCUAUUAUUUUUGAAGAUCUCUUCACUUCAGUUUUGGUUUUAUUCCGUUUCUCUCUUCAGAUUUUGAAGAUUCAGUUUGGUUUUCUUUCCGAUUCAGCUAAUAGGUGCGUAACUAGAAACCCAGAGUAAUUGUUGCAAUGGGAAAGAAAAAACAAGAGGAGAGUGCUGCUACUGCUAAAGUUAAGGGAAGCAGCAAAGAUGUGAAAAAGGAGAAACUCUCUGUUUCAGCUAUGCUUGCUAGCAUGGACCAGAAACCUGAGAAAACAAAGAAGGGGGUGUCUUCUUUUAGCGCUUCUUCAGCUAAACCAAAGGCAAAGGGUCCAAAGGUUUCAUCUUAUACUGAUGGAAUUGAUCUCCCACCGUCAGAUGAGGAGGAGGAUGAGUAUGCCUCUGAGGAAGAACAAACUCAGUCUAACAGACACCAGAGGCAGGGCUUGAGGCCACUUGAUACCUCCAUAAGUGAAAAGGAACUAAAGAAACGUGAAAAGAAGGAAAUGCUUUCCGCUCAAGCUUCCGAGCUGGCGAAACAGGAGGCCCUUAAAGAUGAUCAUGAUGCUUUCACAGUGGUUAUUGGUAGUCGGGCUUCUGUCCUUGAUGGUGAGGAUGAAGCUGAUGCUAAUGUCAAAGAUAUAACCAUAGACAAUUUCUCUGUAUCAGCUCGUGGGAAAGAGCUUCUAAAGAAUACCUCACUUAAGAUAUCACAUGGUAAAAGAUAUGGUUUGGUUGGACCAAAUGGGAUGGGCAAGUCUACCUUGUUAAAGCUUCUUGCUUGGAGGAAGAUUCCAGUGCCAAAAAAUAUUGAUGUGCUUUUGGUUGAACAGGAGGUGGUUGGUGAUGAUAGAACUGCCCUUCAGGCAGUUGUUUCUGCAAAUGAAGAGCUACUUAGGCUUCGAGAAGAAGUUUCAGUUUUACAAAAUUCAUCUUCAGCUCCUGGAGGAGAGGAUGACAGUGAUCUUAAUGGGGAUGAUGCAGGAGAAAGGCUUGCAGAAUUGUAUGAGAAGUUGCAGAUCUUGGGUUCAGAUGCUGCUGAAGCUCAGGCAUCAAAGAUUCUUGCUGGGUUGGGUUUCACCAAAGAAAUGCAAGGUCGUCCCACCCGGUCGUUUAGUGGUGGCUGGAGGAUGAGAAUAUCUCUAGCUAGGGCACUUUUUGUGCAACCAACUCUUUUGCUGUUAGAUGAACCGACUAACCACCUUGACCUUAGGGCUGUUCUUUGGUUGGAGGAAUAUUUAUACCGCUGGAAGAAAACAUUGGUGGUUGUUUCUCAUGAUCGAGAUUUUCUUAAUACUGUUUGCACUGAAAUUAUUCAUCUCCAUGAUCUCAAGCUCCAGUUUUACCGUGGAAACUUUGAUGAUUUUGAAUCAGGGUAUGAACAGCGUCGUAAAGAGAUGAAUAAGAAGUUUGAAAUUUAUGAGAAGCAGGUAAAAGCUGCAAAAAGGUCAGGGAACCGAGUUCAGCAGGAGAAGGUAAAAGAUCGAGCAAAGUUUGUGGCAGCAAAAGAAGCAGCAAAGAACAAGGGAAAGGGCAAGAUUGACGAGGAUGAAACUCCAGCUGAGGCCCCAAAGAAGUGGAGAGAUUACAGUGUGGAGUUCCACUUCCCUGAGCCUACUGAACUAACACCGCCUCUUUUGCAGAUAAUAAAUGUAAGCUUCAGUUAUCCUAAUCGGGACGAUUUCAGGCUCUCAGAUGUUGAUUUGGGCAUUGAUAUGGGUACUCGAGUUGCCAUUGUUGGGCCCAAUGGAGCUGGUAAAUCUACUCUCUUGAACCUUAUUGCUGGUGAUCUGGUUCCAACAGAAGGUGAAGUACGAAGGAGUCAGAAGUUGAGGAUUGGGAGGUAUUCACAACACUUUGUAGAUCUACUAACUAUGGAGGAGACACCAGUGCAGUAUCUUCUUCGUCUUCAUCCAGAUCAAGAAGGACUUAGCAAGCAGGAGGCAGUACGAGCGAAACUUGGGAAAUUUGGACUUCCCAGCCAUAAUCACCUCACUCCAAUUGCAAAAUUAUCUGGAGGACAGAAAGCUCGAGUUGUUUUUACUUCAAUUUCCAUGUCAAAACCUCACAUAUUGCUAUUGGAUGAGCCCACAAACCAUUUGGACAUGCAAAGCAUAGAUGCUUUGGCUGAUGCACUAGAUGAGUUUACUGGUGGAGUUGUCCUCGUAAGUCAUGACUCUCGGCUCAUAUCACGUGUCUGUGAGGAUGAAGAGAAGAGUCAAAUUUGGGUGGUAGAUAAUGGGACUGUGGACACUUUCCCUGGUACUUUUGAAGACUACAAAGACGAGCUGCUAAGAGAGAUUAGAGCAGAAGUUGAUGAGUGAUGCGGCAGUUAAUGUAUGUAUUGAAUUUUCCAUAAUAUUUAUAUUUAGCUAUAUAAAUGAAUUAAGACCUGCAAUUUUCUUCAUAUUAAUUUUUCUGGAAAAAAAUGUGUCCACCUGUAUUGCAGAUUUGUUAGAAAUUCAGAGCCUAGGAAUUUGGCGUUGUAAGCUAGGAAUAAACCAAGCUCGUAUCAGUUACUAAGUUAUAUUUGGUGGUGUACUUUUGUUGGUAUGAAAUUCUUUUUCAGGAUGUUAGAAUUGUUA